GGUCACAGGGUUGUUGGAGCCUGUCCCAGCCACAGUCGGCAUAGAGUGGGGUGCACCAUGGAUGGUUCUUCUUCAGAAAGACAGGAGAGAAGAAGGAUGCCUGGUUUGGAGGCCUUCAUUCUCUGUCUUUUUUUUGGAGCCCUGACUCGCGCUCAGAAAGCAGAAUGCAGCCGGAAGAAUGAAUGUCCCAUAGACGUUUACUUCACCAUAGACACAUCUGAGACCAUCGCCCUGCAGGAGUCCCCCCCAGGAGCGCUGGUGGAGAGCAUUAAGAGCUUCACUGCAGAGCUGGUGAAACGCAUGCAAGAUGAAGAACUCAGAGGCGUUGUACGAGUCAAGUGGAACACCGGAGGACUUCACUUUUCCCAGACACAAAGAAUUAUCAGCCGCAUAGGAAAUAAUACUGAUUUCCUUAAUAGACUCAAACCGAUCCAAUAUUUAGGCAAGGGCACUUACAUCGACUGUGCCCUGAAAAAGAUGUCUGAGGAGAUGGAUCAGUUUCCCUCCAGCCCCUCAGCUCUUCGUUUUGCUGUAGUCAUCACCGAUGGCCACGUGACUGGAAACCCUUGUCGAGGCAUCAAAGUGGCUGCGGAGGAGGCCCGUGAUAAGGGCAUCCGGAUAUUCGCAGUUGCGUCAUCUACGAACAUCGAUGAGACCGGUUUGAGGGAGAUUGCCUCCUCGCCAGCCUCUGUCUACAGGGAUGAGUUCAUGGCUGUGGAUUUGAGCUCUGGAGCCAGAAUUCACGUCCAGACCAUCGAGCGCAUCAUCAAGACAAUGAAACAAGUGGCAUAUACAGAGUGUUACAAAGUAUCCUGUCUGGAGACAGACGGUCCUCCUGGUCCAAAAGGCCACAGAGGACAGAAAGGAGCAAAAGGAGACAUUGGUCAGCCAGGACAAAAAGGAGAAAGGGGUCGUCCAGGAGACCCUGGUAUUGAAGGUCCUAUUGGUCAACCCGGUAUCAAAGGAGAACCAGGUCAAAUGGGAGACAAGGGCGAGAUGGGCAGUCAAGGAAAAAAGGGUGUUGCUGGUAUUGCGGGGCGCAACGGUACAGACGGACAAAAGGGUAAAAUCGGACGGAUUGGAGCUCCAGGGUGCAAAGGAGACUCGGGAGACAGAGGUCCUGAUGGUCACCCUGGAGAUGUUGGCGAGCGCGGCCCACUAGGAACUGAUGGAGACAAGGGGGAUUCUGGACGCCCCGGAAGAUCUGGUCCGCCUGGAGAAUCUGGAGCUCCUGGACCAAAGGGGGAGAGAGGAAGUCCUGGAUCACCUGGUUUACCUGGGCAAAAAGGGAGGCGGGGGGAAAGAGGGCGUACUGGAGUCAGAGGCGAGCCUGGAAGGAGAGGAGACUAUGGGAAGAAAGGGGCUCGUGGGCCACCAGGUCCCACGGGAGAAAAGGGUGAAAUGGGGCCUGAGGGCUUGAGAGGACUUCCAGGUGAAGCAGGAAUCCAAGGGUCAAAGGGAGACAAUGGCCUGCCAGGUCCCAGGGGAGCAGCAGGGAAACCAGGAGGUCCUGGGAAGAAUGGGACGAGAGGAGAUCCUGGUGAUGCAGGACCAAGAGGCGAACCUGGACCACCUGGACCAAAAGGGGACGUUGGAAGACCUGGCUUUGGCUAUCCAGGACCAAGAGGACCUCCGGGUGAAAAGGGAGAGAAAGGCAAUCCUGGACCUCGUGGCAGCCGAGGAGAGUGUGGUCAAAAAGGUGGACCUGGAGAUAAAGGACGUCCAGGAGAACCAGGGGAGCCUGGAUCUAUGGGGGAGCCAGGACCCAGAGGACAGAGAGGAGAAGCUGGGCGAGACGGAGAUCCUGGGCCAGAGGGAGAUCCAGGCCUCACUGAAUGUGAUGUUAUGACCUACAUUAGAGAGACCUGCGGCUGCUGUGAUUGUGAGAAACGUUGUGGACCUCUGGACAUUGUCUUCGUAAUUGACAGCUCAGAAUCUGUGGGUCUUACCAACUUCACCCUGGAGAAAAACUUUGUCAUCAACACAAUCAGCAGAUUGGGAUCUUUUGCCAAAUCCCCAGACUCAGAGACAGGCACGAGGGUUGGAGUUGUUCAGUACAGCCACAGUGGAACCUUCCAGGCAAUCAGCCUUAAUGACUCCAAGAUCGACUCCCUGGCUGCAUUCAAGGAGGAAGUGAAACGUUUAGAGUGGAUUGCAGGAGGAACAUGGACUCCAUCUGCUCUGAAAUAUGCCUACGACAACCUGAUCAGGGACAGUCGGAGGGCUAAGGCCAAGGUCACCGUGGUGGUCAUCACUGAUGGACGCUUUGACCCAAGAGAUAAUGACACAUUGCUCACUUACCUGUGCAGAGAUCCCAGUGUUGAUGUGAGUGCCAUCGGUAUUGGAGACAUGUUUGAUCAGAUUGGGGAGAAUGAGAAUCUGAACAGCAUCGCCUGCCAGAGGGAAGGCAGGGUGACGGGAAUGAGGCGCUUUGCCGACCUCGUUGCAGAGGAGUUCAUCGAUAAGAUUGAGACUGUGCUCUGCCCAGAUCCUGUCAUCGUAUGUCCCGAUCUUCCAUGCAAAUCCGGUGGGGGCAUCAAAAUGGGGCUAGCCCCAUCCCCCUGGACGGCUCUGGCAGAAGAAGGCAGCCCCUCGUUGGUCCCCACCUCUUUGGAGGGUGUGACCAGUAUGCUGAACGGCCUGAGCGAGCAGCAGUAUGGGGUUGGCAUAGCAACCAUGGUGUACACAGCCCAGAGAGCCAAACUCAGCCAGGGAACGGACAGACAGCAGUGGACCCAGCUGUUCGUCGACUCCUUCAAAUAUGUCUAUGGAGACAUAAUGGGAGACCCAGAGAAAGCGCUGAUGCUCUGCUAGUGCUAAUAUGCUAACCACGCUACCUCGCCCUUACAGAUGCAGCAGAAUUAUUUUUUUUCAUCAACAUAUCGGGCAUUUCAUUUUCCUGUGCAGGUGCAAUACACCAUGUGGGAUCAUGCAAAGGAACUGCAUGAUGGGAUGUGCGGUUCUAGCAUUGACUGUAUAUGAAAACUGGACCAAGCAACUGUGACGUCACCCACAGAAAAUGGUUUUCUUCCGGUUCCAACGAAAUGUAGUCAAUUCAGUUGCCAUGUUUUUGCAAUACGGACAUGGCCAUGCUAGAGCCAGACAAAUUCAGUGAGGUAGUAAGGUCCGAGUCGCUCUGAGUCAAUAUUUCUAUGGCAACAGAUAUCACCAAUCAGGAGUGAGCUUGUUGGAGGGUCACACCCCUACCACUAGAAACCAGGCUCAGGAGAAUGAAAUGUUUCGAACAUUCGACGUGAGACAACAAUCUUUGAGACAUCUGAUUGACCAGCUUAUAACUUAAAUAACUUGCACUAAAGAAGACAUUUAAUAGAAAAUGUGGAUUAUUAAGAACAUUUAAAAAAAAAGGUAGCAGAGUGAGAAUGGUUAUUCUGACAAAUAGAAUAUCUGAGUAACAGCUGUGUUUAUUUCUCAAUAGAAGUCUUUGGGACUUUGGCUUCUUGAGGAGUCCCUCUGUCCAAUUCUCAUAUACAGUCAAGGGGUUGUAGACUAAAACAGCCUUUUUAAUAAAAGGUGUAUGAUGGGAAAAUGUGUCAUUUCUGAAUGAACUUUUAGUGUGAUCUGAAAGAGAAUGUGUUUUACCAGCAUAUCCAUAUCGUUUUUUCCACCAUAGUGGAAUACCAUAAAAAUAGAAAAGUGAGCAACCCGCCUUCAUUUGAGGCGACUGUGGAGCCAUUCAUGCAACUUUUUGCACAGUGUUUGUAUUAUGAAGAACCGUUUCCACUAUGAAUCACAAGCUUAGUGAAUCACUCAUUUCUUUGCCUGUUUUGCACAUAUCCAUGGUUACAACCCUUAUGUUUUUCAACUCUGUGUGUAACAAGCCAUUCCAUGUGGAAAAUGACUGGUUUUAGACGUGCAUAUCACAGUGUCUCAGUCAGAAGUUGGUGCUUGUGUGUUUUUUACUGAUUAAAUAGACUGUUUUGUCUUCUGGUGCAUGCUUUUUUGCAUGUGGCUUGGCCUGACAAGUUAAAGUAACCAAACAUUAUCAGAUCUGUGACUGCAACAAGUUCAUGUAAACAAACUGUUUUGUGUAAAAUACUAGUUUUUAAUACAGAAAAUAAAUAUGAUGUAGAAAACUCAAA